CGCUCACCUGCCAUUGGGCAGGUGGGGCGGCCGGCCUCUGGCAGGGCCGGACUAUAUAAACGCGGAGCCGCGCCGGGCCAGGCGCGCCGCAGGAUGGUGGACAGCGUGUACCGCACCCGCUCCCUGGGGGUGGCGGCCGAAGGGCUCCCGGACCAGUACGCGGACGGAGAGGCGGCGCGCGUGUGGCAGCUCUACAUCGGGGACACCCGCAGCCGCACGGCCGAGUACAAGGCCUGGCUGCUCGGGCUGCUGCGCCAGCACGGCUGCCAGAGGGUGCUCGACGUGGCCUGCGGCACCGGGGUGGACUCCAUCAUGCUGGUGGAAGAGGGCUUCAGCGUGACCAGUGUAGACGCCAGUGACAAGAUGCUGAAGUACGCGCUUAAAGAGCGUUGGAACCGGAGGCAUGAGCCAGCCUUCGACAAGUGGGUCAUUGAAGAAGCCAACUGGAUGACCUUGGACAAAGAUGUGCCCCUGCCACCAGGGGGUGGCUUUGAUGCGGUCAUCUGCCUUGGAAACAGUUUUGCCCACCUGCCAGACUGCAAAGGAGACCAGAGUGAGCACCGGCUGGCGCUGAAGAACAUCGCGAGCAUGGUGCGUUCUGGGGGCCUGCUGGUCAUUGACCAUCGCAACUACGACCACAUCCUCAGCACAGGCUGUGCACCCCCAGGAAAGAACAUCUACUAUAAGAGUGACCUGACCAAGGACAUCACGACGUCCGUGCUGACUGUGAACAACAAGGCCCACAUGGUGACCCUGGACUAUACGGUGCAGGUGCCAGGGGCUGGCCAGGAUGGUUCCCCUGGCUUGAGUAAGUUCCGGCUCUCCUACUACCCACACUGUUUGGCUUCCUUCACGGAGUUGCUCCGAGCAGCCUUCGGGGGCAAGUGCCAGCACAGCGUCCUGGGUGACUUCAAGCCUUACAAGCCGGGCCAGGCCUACAUUCCUUGCUAUUUCAUCCACGUGCUCAAGAGGACGGACUGAGCGCUGAGCGUGGUCUCAGCUACAACCCUCUGCCCAGGCCCUGCCCUAUCUGGCUGGGGAGGUGGGGACUGGGGGUCCCAUACCGAGGGCAGCCCCCAGCACAGAUCCUGGGGUGUGGGGAGGGGCAGACUGCUGCUGUAGGUGUAGGGAUUUGGGCAAAUGGAAGCAUGAGCAAUACAGUCCGUGCCUUUUUCCUUUUC